AUGAUGGGAAUGCCGUCAUCGCGAACACCGGCGAAAUCAUCGUGCUACAGCGACCAGUCAAAUUUGGAUCGAGCCGUCCGAUCCCGAUCCCGAUUCUCCUUCUGCCGGUCGCCUCCUUGCGAGGACUCUGCCUGCGCCACGCCCUUCGAGCGGAUCAGUUUGAACGGAACCGCAGCAGGCAGCCUUGAUAUGGAAUCUACUAAGGUCGGGCAUGCGCCAGGCACGGCUAGCCUGUACAAGCAAGCCAGCUUGAAGUUAGUGUUUGUAAUAUGUACCGGCGGUGUCGAUGGCCACGUUUGUGUUGGCUGGACCGAGAACACUCUCAGCGGAGGACGUCUCGCUCCGUCCGGCGUCGUCACCAAUAUUGCUCGUCUCACACAUGAGCUGAAAAGCUUUGCAGAGGGAUUGAAGGCUGAUAUGGGUGCACCAGUGAAGACAAUCGAAACCGUCUGCGAGGAUGUGGGCUGA